GCGCUGCCCUCGCGGCUGCCGUGGCAGCGCUAUUUAAACGGGCGGCACGGCGAGCCGGAGGAGCCGGGCGAGGCGGGGUGGGAUGUGCGGGCGGCUGCGGCCCUCGGUGCGGACACGGCGGGGCUGACCCCGCACCGGCCGCGGUCACGGUGUCCCGGCACCGCCCGCCGUGUUUAUUGCAGCUUCCCCCUCCCCAUCAGAAAGUGAUUUCGCUCUGGAGUUACCCUGGAUUUGGGUCAGCAGGCGGGAGCAGCGCCGAGGGAGCCCGCGCCGGUUGAUUCCUGGGACAUUCUGGGACAUUUGAAAGUGAUUUGGAGAGAGCAAAGUCUGUGUCCGAUGGCCACCGAGCCGCAGCCGGCGUGCGUGGUGCCCCAGGCUCCCUGCCCAGCAAUGAAGUGCUCUCCUGCAGAGGACUUUUCUCCCCAGGUGAGGCUGGCUGAAAAGAUCCCCCCGGUGAAGCCUUGCUUCAAGAAGAAGCAGCAAGUGCAGAAGAGACUGGACACACAGACUCUGCGGGCUCUGCGGCCCAUCUUCACCAGCCUGCUGGGAGCCGGGGCCUUGGACAGGGUCUUUGUGCCCCGAGGCCAGCGUGGUGGCCAUGGUGACUUAUGUGAGCCUGCUGUGAAAAAGACUUUGGACCUCGGUACCUCUUGCCCCCAGGCAGAAAAUAACGUGACUGUGCUGAUGCCAACAGCUCCAGAUGUGCAGGGUCAGCUGCCGGGAGCUCAUCCUUCCCCCGGGCAUCCUGAGCAGGACGUGCAGUCAGGAGAGCAAGGUUUCUCCCCAGAAACUCCUGGAACUGCUGCUGAUAAUGGUAAUGAAUCAUUCCAGGAUCAUCCUUUGCACCCAAGUGCUGGUGAUGGCGCAGCUUGUCCUUUGUUCCCUGACAAGGUUCUGGAAAGCUACACAUCUGGCUUACUCCAGGAGAACAGCUGUCCAAUGCAAUACAACUUGACCCCAAGCAAUAAAUUCAGUGCUGGGAUAUUCCAGGAUAAAAGUGAAGAAGCUUCCCUUGACCUGGUGUUUGAGCUCUUGAACCAGCUGCAGUAUCACACCCACCAGGAGGAUGGGAUUGAAAUCUGUGUGGAUUUUCUCCAGGGCACUUGUGUUUAUGGCAGUGACUGUCCCAAGCAUCACACAGUGUUACCCUAUCACUGGCAGGUGAGGAGGACAGCAACCCAGAGGUGGCAAAGUGUGACCAACGAUUCCCAGGAGCACCUGGAAAGGCUUUACUGCAACCCUGACAAUGACAAGAUCAAAGUCAAGUACGGGGGCCAGGAGUGCUGGGUGGAUCUGAACCUUAUGAAAUUUUAUGAAAGCGCAGAUUUCGACCAAAUGCGGCGCCUGUCCACAGCCUCGUGCCCCAGCUCCAGCUCCAACUGCUACACGGUGUGGAAGUACUUCUGCAGGGACCACUUUGGCUGGAGAGAGUACUCCGAGCCCGUGGUGAGGCUGAUCGAGGAGGCGAGCUGCCGCGGGCUGCGCGAGGUGCGCUUCAUCACCUGGCACAACCAGUACAUCCUCAACAUCAAGGAUGGCUUCCAGCAGAACUCCUGCUUCCGCAGGGAGAUCAAGAGGAGGCCCCUGCUGCGCUCCUGCCUGCUGCUCAUGCCCUUCCUGCAGACCCUGGGUGGCAGCUCUGCCGUGCCCUCGCCGUGCCCCGACCCCGCCGCCGCACACGACUUGUCCCCAGCUGCUGUCACCUCUCCCAGCUUCUACCCCGAGACCUGGAUUGGAAUGGAUCCAGCUCAGGACUUCAUCCAAGUGCCUGUUCUGAAGGAAGACAAAAGCUACAGAACCAUUUACAACCUGUUCCACAAGACUGUGCCGGAGACCAAAUACAAGAUCUUGAAAAUCCUGCGAGUGCAGAACCAGUUCCUUUGGGAGAAGUAUAAAAGGAAAAAGGAGUACAUGUCCAAGAAGAUGUCCGGGCUGGACAGGAUCAUGAACGAGCGGCACCUGUUCCACGGCACGUCGCAGGACGUGGUGGACGGGAUCUGCAAGCACAACUUCGACCCGCGCGUGUGCGGCAAGCACGCCACCAUGUUCGGCCAGGGCAGCUACUUCGCCAGGAAGGCCAGCUACUCCCACAACUUCUCCAAGCGCUCCCCCAAGGGCGUGCACUUCAUGUUCCUGGCCAAGGUGCUCACGGGCAGGUACACGGUGGGCAACCACACCAUGAGGAGGCCGCCGCCCGUGGAGCCCGGCAGCAUCACCAGCGACCUCUACGACUCCUGCGUGGACAAUUACUUCGAGCCCCAGAUCUUCGUCAUCUUCAACGACGACCAGAGCUACCCCUACUUCAUCAUCCAGUACGAGGAGGUCAGCAGCACCGUCUGCAUCUGACAGCCUGCCACAGACUCGGCUGGCAGAGGUGAAACCUGGACACUUCCUGACUGCUGGAAUGACUUGGAAGGAAGGUCGCUGAGGUGACCAACUGUGCACUUGCUGGUUGAUUCCCUGUGUGGAAACUGUACAUAUUUUUCCAUUGUUUAUAGUUGAAAAAUCCGUGCCUUUUGUUAUAAAACACUGUUUAUUUAUGUUAGUAAAUAUUCAUGUUUCA